ACACACCAUGGGCCUGCCCAUGAUCUGGAUGGUGGCCACCAGCAUGACGGCGGCGUUGGCCUCGUCGUGGGUCGUUAGCGCUCUGUCGCGGUUCGUGUGGAGGCCCCGCGCCAUAAUCCGAGCGUUCCGGGCGCAGGGCGUGGGCGGGCCGGAUUACCGGUUCCUGGUCGGCAACAUCCGCGAGAUAAAGCGGCUGCUCGUCGAGAGCGUAGGGCUCGUGCUCGACGUCGGCUGCCAUGACUACGGCGCCCUGGUGCAGCCACACUUUCGCAAAUGGAUGGCCCUCUAUGGACGGACGUUCGUCUCGUGGCCCGGGGAGAGGCCGGAAUUGUUCAAACACCGCGUGUCUUAA